UUCCUUCCCCCCUCUACUCCUUCUACUCCUCACUACCACCCCCCCCCCUCUCUCUCUCUCUCUACUCCUCCUGCUCCCUCCUCCAUCUCCCUUCUCUCACCCUUGGGUGGACUCCUGCAUUUCUGCCUGCGUGCAACUUAACCUUGUCCUUGUCUCUCUCAUUACUUCUACACCACCCGUCACUUCCAGCUGCAACCACCCACCCCGAGCUUUUUCUUUUUCUUUUUUUCUCUCUCUUUUGGCUUUACAUUUUACAUGCAUGCCAGAGAUCAAGCAACGCAGUAAAACCCAAUCAACUAAUUCUCUGACUGGGAUCCAUUCAGUCCUCUACCAUGACAGUUGCCGCGCCUCCUGUAGCACCCGUGCAUGAGAAUGGCAUCAACGGGGUCCCCGGACACCAUGUCAACACCAUGAGCCUCCCCCGUUUUCACCCAAUCGCAAUGAACCCGAGCCAGGCGAUCCCUCCGGAGCAUAUGAUGCCCGUUCACCAUCAGUUUCGUCCCUUCCACCCUCCUCCACCACUGCAAGAGCCGGGCCCGCCUGUCACAGCUCCUGCUCCUGCUCCUGCUCCGCCGCCGCCGCCACCAUUCCACAUAGACAACAUCGAGAAUCGCCUCCGACAGCUGGAACAUGAGGAAGCGGCGCGCAUGGCGGCCCGUAGCCACCUUCUCGCCAUGCGGAAGCGAGAGGACGAGGAGUUUCGUAGGAUGACGGAAAGUGCCGAGGCCGAAGAAGAGGAUCUCCGUAGGCAACGGAAACGGUUGAAGCGCGAGUCGAUGGGGCUCGGGUACAAUAAUGCCAGUCUCGACUCGCCGCCGCUUCGCCCGACGCCGCCUCGCCGCCUGUCGGAAACCAACGCGGCCACCACCCUUGCAUUCUUCAAGCAACAGUCUCCCCCCGAGCCUCGUCCCAUCCCCCCCCGCCGCCCUCCCAGGGCCCCCGCCGCCUCAUCCCCCUCCCAGCACAUCCACCACGAUCCCACCGGCGCCACCUCCAUCCGCCGCAAGCAGAAAUAUACCAUCAAGAACGUCGAGGCCUGGGGCGAGCGCCAUGGACGGCCCGCCGCACACGAUCCCUCCGGGCGCGCGCUGUGGAAGCGCCCGUCCGACGGGAGUCUGGUCUACCUCACAUGUCCCGUGUCGGGGUGCGGCAAGGCGGACUUCGUGACGCUGCAUGGCUUCAUGUGCCAUCUGACGAAAAAACACAAGGAUCGCAGUCUGGGGAGCCAGUCCCGAGCGCUGGAAGUGUGUGGCAUCGUCUUCGAUCCCAACGCCCCCCUGCCCCCCGUGGCCACCGUGAAUCGGGCCUCCACCGAAGAGAGUCGGCUGGAGUCAGGCCCCGCGGACACCGAAGGAUACCAGCAGGAGAUGGAGUAUUCCUCCGCCUCCGACUCGGACGAAGGACGAGAGAUUGCCGUGAAAACAGAGGUCGUCACCGACCGGAUGCUACCCGCACCGCCGAUGGUCAUGACGCCUGUCCCAGAGCAAAUACCACUGCCCAGAAUCAACGGCUCAACAAAACAGUCCAUCUCAUCGAUCAUCGAUCGCGACCCGGAGGAAACGCCUCGGGAGCGGUUGAAUUCGAUCCCCCCGCGCCCGGUAGAGGCCCCCAUGCAACAACAGGUCUCGCCGGAUCACAAGCCCUCCAUCAAAGACGAGGCCGAAUUCCCGCGGCCGCAUGAUCACGAAAAAGAGAACACGCAACCUAAAGAUACGGCCGAGGCAAAGUAAAUCAAACAUCAUCAAUCAAAUUACAUAUAUAAUCCUGUUUUCAUUGCACCAGCUUUUGCAUCAUCGCCUUGCAUAGUACGAGCAUGCUUUCAGAUCUCUCUACCUACCCACCUACCUAGUCUGUGGUUGUUGUUGUGGUUUUUCUUGUUGCAG